AUGAGAGCUCCAGUUGGGAAGCGUACUUCGGACAAGUAUUGCAUAUUCCAUAAGGACCAUGGGCAUGAUACUGAGGAUUGCAGGCAACUGAAGGAUGAGAUUGAAAGCCUUAUUAGGAGAGGCUAUCUCAAGCAGUUAACUUCGAAUCGGGAAGAGAAAAGAAAGAGAGCUGAUGAUGAGAGGGAUGACGAGAGGAGCAGACAAAGGCGGAGGGACGGUUCUCCUUGUCACCAAAGAGGAACCACUGGGACUAUCAAAAUAAUUGUUGGAGGCCUAGCGGCAGAAGGGAAAAGCUCCUUAGCAGGAAGGGCUUACGCUCGAAUCAAUGAAAAGGAUGCUGAGGACGUCCAAGACCCCCAUGAUGACGCGCUUGUCAUAGAAGCAGUUAUUGCCAACUUCACAGUAAGAAAGGUCUUGGUAGACAAUGGUAGUGUGGCGAACAUCCUGUUUUAUCAUGCCUUUCAGGAGAUGAAGAUUUCAGAAGAUAAGUUGAAGACUUUUUCUAAACCUUUGUACAGAUUCGUAGGAGAGUCAAUAGUUCCCAAAGGAAUUAUAUCCCUACCAGUCACUUUGAGAACUUACCCUCAGACUAUUAUGCAUAUGGUUGACCUACUAGUGGUAGAUAUGAAGACUCCCUACAAUGCCAUCAUUGGGAGAUCACUUCUUCAUAAACUCCAAGUUGUUGUCUCUACUUACCACCUCAAGAUAAAGUUCCCAACUUCCUAUGGGGUAGGGGAAGUAAAAAGAGACCAGAAGCUAGCACGAAUGAUGUACUAUACCGAUCUGAAAGAUAAGAAAAAGGCCACUAUCUCGAUCAGCAGUCUGGACGUUCGGGAGGAAGCAAAGAUAAUUAAACCUACUCCAGCUGAAGAUCUCCUUCCUAUCAAGGUAGAGUAA